CUGCGAAAUUAGCACAUGCUACUUGGCAGCUCCAGAGGCCUACACCUGUUCGCUAUUCGCAUUUGCAUGGCCAGCGCAACGAGGCACUUGACGACAAACCAUGAAUUUGUCAGACGUGCUUUGGGGUCCAGAUCAGGAGAUAAAGCUUCCACUCCAUCGCAGCAGAAUCUCUUCUCUCAGACCCACUUCCCUGCCUUCAUAUUUGCGCCAUUCCGGGUGUGUCCUUUGCCCCUGCUGCAUUGUCCAGUGCUCUGCUUGUUUCGCCGUCGACAUAUCCAGAGAAGGAGGAUCACCUUUUUCUCCCUUCGCAGCCCCGAGCAUUUUGCGAAGAUGCCGAUCGGUUCACGAGGCGCUUACACGUUCGUUGAUGUGCUGUUGGCCAUCAUCUUGCCGCCGUUGGGGGUCUUCCUCAAGUAUGGCCUUCAGAGUGAGUUCUGGAUUUGUCUCGUGCUGACAAUCCUGGGUUACUUGCCCGGGAUCAUCUACGCCAUCUACGUCAUCGUUGGCUAGGCAAUGAGUCCCUCUUCCUCCAUGAGAGUAGGUGUGGAUCUUGUGUCUCCACCGCCGGCAUUCCUUAGCCUCAUCGGAGUGAAUCACAGCACUUAGUGGUGAGGCGUGGCUCAGAGCCAUGCAUCUUUCACACCAUGUACAGGUUUGAGAUUGUUUUCUACACGCUGAGAUUUCAUGGAUUAGGUAGUUUUACUCAAAGUCGGCCGACGAAUUGUGUUACCUGGAGAUUUUGUACAGAAAUUUGUUUAGAGUUGUAUGAGUUGCAUCGGAUUUCUUCAGAAGUUUUGAUGGCACUCUUCAUCAUGCCAUAUGCAAUGAAUUCGACUGAUGGCUCUUGUAGCAUGAGCAGCUUGAAGUCAAGAUAAAACUGAAAACCAGUAAUAGCAGAUCCCACCUUAGCAUCUUCCUUACCCAUCAUCAUGUACAGUAAACUUGCACUUUUAAUUUCAAUACCUUUCAAUGUUUCGAAUUGCAGGAU